AUGCCUGGUUUGAACGCCGACGUGAAUGCCACCGAUCCAAAAUGGGAUCCCUUAUGGGAUCCCUUUAGGGACACGAUUUGCACGUUGUACCUGAUUGAAGAUCAGAGUCUGGAAAAAGUCAUGGAAGAGAUGAAGACGAAAUACCAAUUCACUGCGACUUAUGCCUAUCAGUUGAGUCUCCGAAGUAAGGCGCAAUACGAACGGCCUUCAGAAGAUGGAACGUCCGAAAAAACUUAA